AUGUUGGGUGCCUUUCGUCGCUCAGCUGUGAGCCAUGCUGUGCGAUCCUAUCCCCGGACGUUGACAGCAAGAUCAACUCCGCAACGCCUUCAGUCACUAUAUUCAUCAAUUUCUGGGCCUUCAUAUACAUCGAAGUCGCUUUUUCACUCGUCACAAUUCCGAUUCUCGGCUCAGGUGAACGCUGUCGAAGAGAAUGGCGCCCAGGAUGUUGCUCCAGAAGAGCUACCGACUCGGUUCCAGGAGUUGGGAGACAGGAACAUUCUCCCAGCCAAACUAGUCCAAAAUCUCACGCAGCAUAUGAAAUUGGAAACCAUGACCGAAGUUCAGCGCAGAACUAUCCCUGUUUCGGUAAAGGGCGUAGACGUGUUGGCACAGGCCAAAACCGGCACCGGAAAGACCGUUGCUUUCCUCAUCCCCGUUAUGGAGAAGCUCCUCGGCGACCGCAGUCUUCUUAAGACGAGUUACCGUAACGGCCGGAGGAUUGCCCCGAUUGAUAUUCGAUGCAUCAUUGUUUCACCGACACGCGAAUUGGCUGAACAGAUCGCAGUGGAAGCCAAGCGCAUGGUUGGCCAGUCCGGUCUGCAAGUACAGAUUGCUGUGGGCGGUACACAGAAACGCGCCGCGCUGCACCAACUUAAACGGGAGGGUUGCCAUAUCCUUGUCGCAACGCCCGGCCGACUCAAGGAUCUACUGACUGAUCCCACCAGCGGCGUAAAAGCACCAAAGUUGAAUACCUUUGUCCUAGAUGAAGCCGACCGCUUGCUCGACGAUGGAUUCGGACCCGAAAUCAUGGAGAUUCAACAGCAGCUUCCGGACCCGACAGAGGUCGAUCGUCAAACGCUCUUGUUCUCCGCCACUGUGGCCCCUGAGGUCAUGGGUAUGGUUCGUAACACUAUGAAGCGUGACUUUGAGUUCAUCAAGUGCGUUCGCGAUGAUGAAACCCCCACACAUAUGUCGGUUCCACAAAAGGCGGUAGUCCUCCAAGGUCUUGAGAACGUCAUGCCAACUCUGUUGGAGUUGGUUAAGAAGAAUUACGAUCCACAAGGCACAUUCAAAGCUAUUGUGUACUUUGGAUCCACCAGAGAGACAAACGUUACCUUUGAGGCGUUCGAUCAGUUGCUUGUUGACCCGGCCGACACGACAAGUGGACAUCCUCUUGGUAAACUUUUCCUCGGCGAGAUCCAUUCGCGCCUGACACAGGCUCAGAGGACGCGAGUCGCCAACUCGUUCCGCAAGUGCCAAUCCGGUAUCCUCUUCUCCACCGACGUCACCGCCCGUGGCAUGGAUUUCCCCAAUGUCACCCAUGUCAUCCAAAUCGGUGUCCCCAAGACACGCGAGGACUACAUCCACCGUCUUGGUCGAACGGCUCGCGCCGGUAAGACGGGUGAAGGUUGGGUCUUGAUCCACAAUCAACAAAUGAGUACCCUAAGGCAACAGCUCAAGGGUAUCCCCAUCGAGGUCGACCGCGAUACUUUCACCCUCUCCACCCUUGAUCUGACGAAGAGCCUGGAGACCACCCCCGAAGCUACCGAAACACUUGAACAGCUGAAGUCUGGCUUAGCCCAAGUCAGCCGCUCAACCAAGUCGGAGACAUGCACCGCCCAACUGAGCAACAUAGCCGGCACUUUCCGUAACAAAGGCGUCCUACGCGAGGCCAUCACCAACCUCGCCAUCCACGGUUACGGCCUCCGAGAAGCGCCGCCCAUCUCUCGCCGCAUGGCUGAGCAGACAGGCCUCGACAAAGCAGACGGAUUCAACAUUCGACAGUCAAGGACAUCCUACGGAAACAGGCAGGAUAACGAGCGGGGCUACGACAAGUACAAUGACCGCCGCCGCUCAUUCGACAGCCGCCGUACCUUCCGUGAUAAUGAUUUCAAAAACCGUCGCUCCGGUCGUGAUGACUUUGGCGGCCGUCGUGAUGACUAUGGUGGCCGUCGUGAUGACUUUGGUGGCCGUCGUGACCAACGUCGUGGCCCCCCACACCAGAAUGUCAACAGGUGGCUCGACAACCGCAGGGAUGAGUGGGCUUAA